CCAGAAGAAAAAAAAGAAAGUGGCUCUCUCUUUCUCUAGACUACGCUCACGCAUAGGCGGAGCCAACCUCGCGCUUGGCAAUAAGCAUCUCAUUCCUUGUUUGUUCUUCGGCAAAACACACCAUUCGAGAACACCUGCACUUCUUUUCUGCCAUUACCAAUUCCGGCAACCUCUUUCUUCUUUCAGUUCAAUCUGUUCCUAUUCCGAUGCCGAUUCUUGUUUCUUUAUUUUAACCUCCGCCGGUUUUGAUUAGCGUCAGAUACGACUUUCUCCGACGAUUUUUUUUUUCUCUCUCUCUCUCUCUCUCUCUCUGGUGUUUUUGUUUCUGGCUUUUUGAAGCGACUUCUACUAUGGAAGAAAUGUACGGUUUGCAAUCGACGGCGGAGUAUUCUGAUAAGGCGUUGAUGUCACCGGAGAAUCUGAUUCUGCCUCCGGAUUAUCAGAGCCUACUGGUUACUUCUGGAGAGUUUCGCGAUCGGAUUCCGGUGUUUGGAUCCAACGAACUGCUUUCGGCGGCGGCUUCGGUGAUUUCGGAAGCUGAAGCAGCGUCGAUCACGAUGGAAAUUCAAUGUGAAGAAGAUAUGGUGAACGUGAUCAAAGCUAAAAUUUCUUCUCAUCCUACUUAUCCUCGAUUGCUCGACGCCUAUAUUGACUGCCAAAAGGUAGGAGCGCCUCCGGCGAUUUCACAUUUGUUAGAGGGAAUCCGUCAAGAAAGCGACAUUUGUAACCGUCACGCUGUAACCACGUGCUUAGGCGUCGAUCCUGAACUCGAUGAAUUCAUGGAAACGUACUGCGAUAUGUUGGUGAAGUACAAAUCAGAUCUCAAGAGGCCCUUCGACGAAGCAACCACGUUCUUGAAUAAGAUCGAGCUGCAACUUAGUAACCUCUGCAAUGGCGCCUUCUCCAGAAGCCUUUCCGAUGAAGGAGCUGUCUCGUCGGAUGAAGAGUUGAGUGGAGGAGAGAUGGAAGCUGUGGAGGCGGAGACUCAAACCAAAGGCGAGAAAAGGGAUCUCAAGGAUAAGCUAUUACGCAGAUUUGGCAGUCAUAUUAGUAGCUUAAAAUUGGAGUUCUCAAAGAAGAAGAAAAAAGGAAAAUUACCAAAAGAAGCCAGGCAAACCCUCCUUGAAUGGUGGAAUGUUCACUAUAAAUGGCCAUAUCCUACGGAAGCCGAUAAGGUUGCACUGGCAGAGAGAACAGGGCUUGACCAGAAGCAAAUUAACAAUUGGUUCAUAAAUCAGCGGAAACGCCACUGGAAGCCAUCAGAGAAUAUGCAGUUGGAAGGAGUGGAUGAGCUUUCUUCAGGUAGAUUCUUCAGAGAGGACUGAAACACACUUUAAAUGAUCUCAAUAUGUAUAUUCCCAAUGCUGUUUGAGCUCUUGUUUGCUUUCCCUUCCAUGUAUAUCUAAUCUAUAUAUAUAUAUAUUUAUAUGGC